AUGAACCGGAAACAGAACAUUUCUCUUCUAGUUCACCAGAAGCAAUGUAACCAAACAUUAACACGAGAAUCAACGAAAGCCAUGUGUUAAAUCCGCCAAAAUAUAUGUUGACGUCAAAAUGAACUCGACAUCAAACCGAAGCCGCAGUUUCGCGCUGUUUUUGUUGUGUAUCGCGGGAGUGGUGAGGCUGUCAUAUGCAGAUGUAGAUGAGGUCCCCGAGUUCAAAGCUCGUGAUGAAUCAGAUGAGGUUCGGCCACACAGACAGCAGUUCAAGACAGCUGAGAUGGCAGAUGCAGUGAUGGGAACAGCACAUUCUCCCAUCAUUGAGCAUGUCAUUCCUAAAGAGCUGCAGGAGUCUCUGCUGGGAGAACAUUGUGUUGAUGAACCGUGUAAAGCUUCCUCUGAGCUGGAGGAGACACAUGAGCCCAUACUGUCAGCAGUGAUUCACACUGACCCCAUGGACACGAAGAGCCAGAACUCAACGGAGACUUCAAAGGCUUACAAGGUCAACUGUGAUAAGAGAAACAUUACGGGAAUAGAGAACUUCACAAUUCAGGUUCUCAAUUCCUCUCAGGACCUGAUGGAGCUUUUGAAUGCCAACGGUACAGAGUGUUCCUUGGUUCUCUUUUACACAACAUGGUGUCAGUUUUCUGCGAACCUUGCUCCUCAUUUCAACACAUUGCCACGAGCCUUUCCCACAAUGCACUUCCUUGCACUUGAUGCGUCUCAGCAUAGCAGUCUGUCAACACGGUUUGGAACGGUGGCUGUCCCCAAUAUACUUUUGUUUCAAGGUGCCAAACCAAUGGCCAGAUUCAACCAAACAGAAAGAACGUUAGAAACUCUUACAUCGUUCAUAACCAACCAGACAGGUUUUGAACCAAAUCCAGAUCAAGCUGUAGGGAGCGACGACCAUUUAGGACCUCUGCCUGCAGUUCCUGUGAAAAGCAUUGACUGGCUCUUUGUAUUUUCUGUCCUGUUUAUAUCUGCCUUUACACUGUAUGCCAUUCUUUGCACAGACAGCAUUCAGUGGCUAAUACCUGGACAAGACCAUGAGCACCAGGAAUAGAAUAUGUUGCAUUAUCAGAUCUGAGUGUUGUGAUACAUUGUACAUAAUUGCAUAAUAAAGAUGCACAUCAUUUACAAACAUUGUAAAUAAGUCAGCCAAUAUUAUAGUUUACUUGCAUUUGAUUUUGUUCUAUUGAAUUCAAGUCUUACAACUUGUGUUAGACUUUAGGUAAACCAAUUAUACAAAGUCAAGGUUAGUUAAAAUUCCAAAGUAAUUUUCUUAAAGGUUAUGUUGGAUGUAGCGUUAUUUAUAUGAAAGUUGAUUUGCUGUAGAAAAUCACUGCUCUUGUUUCUCACGUAUACUAUUCUUGCAGUGUGUACAUUUUAUGUAUGUAUGGAACACUUAAAUGCUUCUCAGUAGCUUGAUUGAUGUUAGUUUUUUAUCUU